CUAAACCCACAACAGUGAAAUCAGUCUGUAGAUGCAGUAAAGCAUGCUUGUUAUACUCAUUGUGGAACCUAAGGGGUUAAUCCUCUGCAUUGUGUAAAAAGACUGUUUGAUCCUGUCUGCUCAACCACCUCUUAUCUCCUGAUAAGACAGACUGAACCGUAGCCAUUCUGCGCAUGCUCAGUUUGGUGUGUAUUGCUAAAGAGGUUUUUUUUUUUUUUCUUGGGAGAGUACAUGUAAUCAGCAAAGGGCCAAUCACCACUGGUAGGACAGUGGUCAGGGGUUUGCAUCCUCCUAGAGCA